CUUGUCAGACUCACACGCUUGGCCUGUUGACUCUCAACACAUAGGAGACAAUGUGUCGUCUUCGCUCCAAUGCAGGCCUUGCUUUGAGUUGUCAAGCACACACAUCUAUACAAUGAGAUGGCUCUGAAAAAUGCCGCAGCUAUUCUGCGUGCUGGAAGAGGGUGGGCGCGCCCUGCUCACCCGCGCCCAGGGCGACAUCCAGACGCCUAGCUUCCCCACCGUAGGCCUGCUCAGCUCCAUUGCUACUUACACACUGAACUCGGGGCAUGAGUUACGUGUCAUAGCAAGCACCAAUGUGCGGAUUGUCUACCGGCGGUUUGAUAACUAUCUCCUCUUCGUGCUCAUCACCAGCAACCUGUUGCUCCAGACGGAGCUCUUGCAGCUUCACUUGCAGACGCUCUAUGAUGCGCUGCUGCUGCUACUCGGUUCGACGGCCCUGGUGUUAGACACUUCGGCCAAGAUCGAUGGCUUCAAAAAGAAGCUCAGAGCGCCCGGCAUCCUGGCGUGUGUGGACGCGCUCAUUGCGGACGACACACUGGUGCCCUGCAUCCUGCUGCCCGUGCCGCAGGUUCUGGGGCUGCCUCUGCGCGACAAGGCUGGCCUGGUUGCGGGUCUGGGCCGUGUGCUGGGCCCGCUGGCGGCCGCACACGCCGCACUGGUCAGCGAGGGCCAUUACCUGGCCGCCACACACGGCUGGUGGACUUUGCUGUCGCCUCGGGAGCAAAUGAUGGUGCAGCAGUUCGCGGUGCAGCUGUCGCAGCUGGAACAGUCUGGUGACGGGCCCUCGGAGCUGCUGCUGCAUGUGGCGCGGCGGCAGCACGAGGCGCCCCUGCGGCUCAAGUGGUUGUCGCUGGCGGAGGGAAUCGUGCUCAUGGUGCUGUUCGACUCGAGCGCAUCCUCGCCGCCCUCGCUCCAGGCAUGCGAGCAGGACAUUCGGGCCAUGCUUCAGGGCUCUGCGCACGUGCUGGAGACGCCUGUGUGGCUGUGCCCGCCGGUGCCCCAGUUCUCCACCAUCACAUUUGACCUGGCACUGGUGGUGGAGCACUGCCCGCCCGCAGCCACACUGCUGUGGGGGCACAGCGGCAGCGCGCUGCAGCAGGGCUUUAACCCGCUCAUGUCGCCCACGCUGCGGAAGCAGAUGGGCACCUCGCCCUCGCCCAUGCUGUCGCGCAUGUCGCACAGGCCGCCCUCCGCGCACCGCGAGGAGCCGCUGGCUGCCGGCGGCGACGGGCUGCAGCUGUUCUUCCGCUCCGCAGUGGACACGCUGGUGUCCUUCGUGCUGCAGGCCUGGCCGCAGCUGCCGGCGCCGCUCCGAGCGGCGCUGCACGGCGCGUCGGGGGCGCCCUCCGCCGCCGGAGGCGGGGCCGGAGGCGGCGGCGGAGGUGGAGCAGGCGCGCAGAAGGCCUCCGGCCCGCCACGGUCGCCGCCCGGCCACGGCGCGCCGCCGCCCACACCGGCCGGCGGCACGGGCAAGCCGCUGGGCACGCCCAUCUCCCGCCUUGGCGGAUCCAUGCCGCCCGCCAUCCGGCACCUGUCCAUCAGCAGCCCCAACUCGCCAGUCGCUAGUUUCAGCCGGCUUCAGAGCCUGUUCAGGGGCGGCGGCGGCGGGGGAGGGGGAGGGGGGGCCGGCGGCGCAAACGGCGCUGGAAGCGAUGACUCGGCAGCGGGCGGCCUAGGGGCAGGCGGGGUGGGUGGGACGCUGGGGCUGGGGUCGGAGCCGGAGCAGCCGCUGGAGCUGGAGGAGGUGCCGUAUGAGGAGAUCCACUCGGUGAUUGAAGGCGCGCGGCUACUCGCUCUCUUGGACCGCAGCAGCAGCACCACGCCAGGGCCCGGAGGUGCCCCGGCAGCGGGUGCAGCAGGCGGGCAGUCUGUGGAUGGCGCGGUGGACGUGUUCAUGGUGUUCCCGCGGCGGGUGGGGCGCGCGGCGGCGCUGGAGGCGGCCACCACGCUGCGGUCCACCUUCAUGAUGGCAUACCACGAUGUGGACUGACGGAUGGCCCGGCGUGGCGUGGCGAUGAAGAGCGAUGUGCUUGUGUGCAAAUGGGUUCUGUGUGGCGUGCGUGUGUCGGGUUUUGCGUUGGUGCGGUGUGCAGUAUGCAACGUGCUGUGGGCGGACGGUGAGCAUUCGCGCAGGCCGCAGCGAGGCGGUUCCAGCUGGGUGUUGGAGGAUGAUGAGAAGGGCUUGGGGACAGAGGCAUUGACGCACGUGGUUGCCGGUGCAGGGCACAGCUGCUGCGGAGCGGAGCGCCAUUGCUAUUGAGACAUGAUGGCAAGCGAGUCUGCAGUGGUAUUGGCGUGGCAAGGUUGCUUGCGACCCUGUGUGGAGCAGGCGAUCAGGUGCAGGAAGGUGGCACUGCUGCCCGGCGGGUGCUAACCCGGGCUGCAGGCGGUCGCCAGGGCAGGGCAAGAGGCAGGGGCUGCAGCCGCGAGCUGAUGUGUAAGGGGUCCGCCGGCAGCUGCAGCUGUCGCGGGCUCGCGGCUGAGGUGCACGAAUCCAGAGACCGGGGAGCUAGUGGACCACGGUUGGCAGGCGGAGUGACGGCUUGGCGCUUGUGGCAACACAGUUGGAGGGUGCUUUGGGUGAACCCGGAGGGUGGGCCGCCUGGGUGAGAGGGCGGGGCACAAGCAGGCCGCGUGUGACAAGCGUUUUUACCGAUCGACAGAUACCUCCCCUGCACUGUACUUGCACCUUCCGGCACCUUGACCCCCGUCAACGCGACUCAUGUAAGAGCUAGACGAG